CGCAGACUGAACGGCGCACCCUAACCUACUAUGUAGCACAAUUAACCCUACACUUUUUGAGUAGGGUUACUGUUCCUACGCGUGACUGCUUUUAUUCUGGCCGCCGCCGAGGGACUGCGACAGAACCUGAGCGAGCGAGGCGCCAGGCGGACCGUGGCCAUAUCGAAAACUGUCGUCGACUCCCUCAUCCCGAACCAACUUCCAGCAACCCCGUUCACUUUUUCAGCACCACCACACCCGGGAACGAAAAACAAAUAGUCAGCAAUGGGUAUCGAUUUGUUGAAGAAGCAGCACGUCAAGAGCAGCCAUCGCGCUGCUCCCAAGUCCGACAACGCCUACUUGAAGUUGUUGGUCAAGCUCUACCGAUUCUUGGCUCGCCGAACUGAUGCCAAGUUCAACAAGAUCAUCCUCCGCAGAUUGUUUUUGAGCAAGGUCAACAGACCCCCCGUGUCUGUCAACCGCAUCCAGAAGGCCGUCAAGGUCGAGGGCAACGCUGAGAAGAUCAUCGUCGUUGUCGGUACCAUCACCGACGACGUCCGUAUCCUCAACGACUUCCCCAAGGUCACCGUCGCUGCCCUCCGCGUCACCUCGAGCGCCCGCGAGAGAAUCCUCAAGGCCGGCGGUGAGAUCAUCACCCUCGACCAGCUCGCUCUCCGCUCGCCCACCGGCAAGAACACCCUCCUCCUCCGUGGACCCAAGAACUCGAGAAAGGCGGUCAAGAGCUUCGGCUUCGGCCCCCACAAGCACAAGGUCCCCAAGGUUCUGUCAACCGGACGCAAGUUCGAGCAGGCCCGUGGUCGUCGUCGCUCGCGCGGUUUCAAGGUUUAAAUUAUUCUGCAUUAUAUAUAUUUAUUGUUUGGGUUUUUUUAAUUUUGCGUGCGUGUGUGUGGAAUGUGUGUACGUAAGGGUCGGUGCGAAGCAGGAGUAGGAAGAGGAAUAUAUAUAUCUCUCUACCUUUGAUGGCUUUGUAUCUAUGUACAACAAACAAAAAUGGAUCUUAAAAAUGGACUAAGUUUAUUCAUAUGAACGCAUGUAAUGGGAACCAAGUACAAGUAUAUAUAUGUUUUAAAAAAGUAUUGUACGAUUUAUCUGCUCGUAGACCUUGCUAUAUGUAUAAGUAUACUCGUC